AUGGAGGCAAGUAUGAAGCCUUAUUACGUGGCCAUCCUCAUACAGCUGAUCUACACUGGCAUGUUCGUGAUAUCCAAGGCUGCGUUCAACCAGGGGAUGAACACCUACAUCUACAUCUUCUAUCGCCAGGCAGCUGGCUCCCUCAUCUUGCUGCCUAUAGCUCUUCUACGAAAGUAA